AUGUGUGAAUUAGCUCGUAAUAGUGUGUUGAUGAGCGGUUUCUCUCCUUUGAUUAAAUCUCAUUGGCUUGGACCAAAUUACACGCAAGAAGGUGUUAUGGGCAAUGAUGUCACUCGAACUAAUCUGCCUAAUAUUCGUGUUGCGUACAGAUUUGAAACACUGACACAAGAAUUACGCCUACUACUGAAUUCUGUCCUGGCGAAUCGUGCUAGUGGUUCUGUUUCACCGAAUACUGCAUCCAUACACUCACCAAAGAAAUUUAUGCAUCUCCAACACGUGGAGUUGGCACAGCAACAGCGGCAGCAGGAGUAG